AUGAAGGACGGGUACGCGGGUGAACAUGCAGUUCCCACAGUUGCGGAGGACAUGAAUUGUCAUGAUAAUGAUGAAUUGGCUGUUAUUGAGACACCUGAUCCUCAUAGUUGUGGGUCAAACACUAUUGUGCAACCACAUGCAGUUGGAAUGGUAUUUGGCACAUGGGAAUACGAUGAUGAUUAUUUUAGGAGAUAUGGAAAGCAGGAAGGUUUCGGUGUAAUUAAGGCAGCUGGGUCUUUGAAGAAAGUAGGUGUGAAAGGGAAAGAGGGGGGGGGGGAAUGGGUAGUGAAGAGGAUCGUUUUGGAUCAUGUCAACCAUAAUCCAACACCAAGCAAAUCGAGGUUCAUUAGCAUGUUUAGGAAGGAGGAGGUCAGUUGCGCUGUUAGAAGGCGGUUGUUUAAUGAUCACGCUGUUGGCAUUAGAAUAUCACAGACUCAUAGUAGCUUAGCGCGUGAACGAAAUGGUAUUGAGAAUAUGGUUAUCACAGAGAGGGAUCUUAGGAAUAUGAUUGCCAAGGAACGGAAGUUGAAACUUGGGCCCGGAGAUGCAAAUGCGAUGCUAAUGUACUUUAACAAGAUGGCAGCUGACAAUCAAAUUUUUUUCCACAUUCAUCGACUUGACGAUAAAGGGUAUUUGAAGGAUGUGCUUUGGGUUGACGCUAGGUCGAGGGUGGCAUACGAAGAAUUUGUUGACGUGGUAUGUUUCGAUGCGACAUAUUUGACAAAUGAUUAUGAAUUACCUUUUGCAAACUUUGUUAGAGUGAACCACCAUGGGCAGAGCAUAUUGCUUGGUUGUGCGCUAGUAUCGCACGAAGAUGCGGAGACUUAUGAGUGGGUCUUUAGCACAUGGUUGCUUUGUAUGGGGGGUAAGGCACCCAUUGGAAUAUUUACAGACCAAGAUGCUGCUAUGAGGAAGGCCCUUCGCAAUGCUAUGCCAGAGUCUGUACACCGGUGGUGCAUUUGGCACAUCAUGAUGAAAUUUGGGAAGAAGCUUGAUUCAUAUGCUAAUUACAAAGAUUUGAAGGAAGCGUUUGACGAAAGCCAUAUACGAGAGUGUUUGUUUCUGGAAAGAGAUAUGUGGGUUCCUGCUUACAUGAGGCAUCUAUUUUGGGUGGGAAUGAAGACAACCCAAAGGUGUGAGAGCAUCAACAGUUUUUUCGAUGGUUAUGUUCACAAAACCACAAAAUUAUGCAAGUUUGCUGAGUAA